AUGUCAAAUGAAAGUGAUGAUGAUUUGAAAAUGAAAGAUGCAUAAUUAAGAGUUGAUUUCAAAUUAAUUUAAAAAUUUUAGACAAAUGAAAAGUUCUAUGCUAUGGAUUUUGAUUAAUCAUCGUCUCUUAUAGUUAUUGGAGGUAUUAGUGGAUUUAUUCGAUUACUUAAAUUUCAAAAGAACAAAUUGAAAGUAUAAAAAGUAGUAAAAGCUCAUAGAUUAGUAAUUUGUAUAGUAGUAAUCAAAAAUUCAAAUUAAUUCUUAUCAUGUGGAGAUUUAGUAAUUAAAAUCUGGUCUUUAAAUGGGAUCUAACUGAGACAAUUAUAAUAAUUGUGUGGUCAUUCCAGACCUAUUAGAUGUUUAAUUAUAAGUCAGAAUGAUGAUUUAAUUGUGUCUGGAGGACAUGAUUUUAUAAUUAAAUUUUGGAAUAGAAAUAAUAAUGCUUGCAAAUUUGAUUAAUAAUUGUUAGAACACUAAAAUUUCAUUAGUGGAAUAAGUUUAAAUGAACAAUCAAAUUAAUUGAUUUCUACAGCUUGGGAAGAACCUCUUAUAAAAAUAAGUCAAUAAUAAUCUUGUAAGACUUGGGUUGUUAUUUAAACGAUUGAAAUAGAUUAAUGGGGUUUAAGAUUUUGUUUCAUAAGUGAUCAGAUGUUUUCAUUUCAACCUUUUAAUGGUUAGACAAUGCACAUAUAUCAAUUUUCUCAUUAGAAGAAUAUUUAUGCUAUCACCAAAACUAUAAAUGUAUUAUAAAGUUAAGAAGGAUGUACUAAUUUAUUUCCGUAAUAAUUUAUAAAAUAAAAAUCUAUGUUGAUUAAUAAAAAUGGUGAAUGUAUUAAUAUUAUUUAAAUAAAAAAUAAUGGUGAAUGCAUAAUCUAAUAACAAAUAAAAUUUGGUCAUUAUUGUUUAAAUGGAAACAUAAGUCAUGAUGGUCAAUAUUUGAUUACAUGGGAUAUGAGUUCAAGCUAAAUAUAGAUUAUGUAAAAUCUAAAUUUUUGA